GUGGGAGAUAAAGGUGGGAGAGAAAAACGAGCGGAGCGAGUGAGUUUAUUUCGAUUCAAGUGCGCGCGAAGUGUGGUAGAUUGAGACGAAAUACGAAAAUUCCUGAAAAUGUCGAAAAGAACGAUUCUUAGCAGACCCCGAACGCGUCUUUACGAUGUCAAUUACAACAUGGGCGAGAGUCUGUACAAGCCGGCAUUGGACAGGCUGGACCGAAAAUAUUCCGGAAGACCGCUGUCGCCUCCUCCAAGGCAGACAUCCAUUCCUCAAGAUAUUCUCGAUCGCCACGAAAGAGCUUUCGCCGACGACGACAUAAACGAUUUUCGGCGUCGUGCAGAAAAAGCUAUUUCCGGCAGACAACUUUUCGAUUCACGCGGAGCCCGAAUCGACACCGCCUUCGACGACAUCGAUGACGAGGUUUCUUCAAGAAUUAAAAGCCUGCGGGCUAACAAAAGAACAUCGAUGGUAGACGACGUCGAUAUGGAAAGUACUGUAAACAAUUUGAAUUCGAGGCGCCUUUUGGACAGGUCUGAAAAGAUUUUAGAUUCCGUCGGCAUAAACGACAAAUCGUUGGAAAAUAACGUGUCCAGCUAUUCGAGUAGCCGAAGAGCCAUCCGCAUUGCACAAUCGCAGGACGAUCUUGUUGAUAACAAGGACCUGACCAGGUGGUCGGCGGUGAAGAAAGACAGACGCGGACUGGCCGCUCAGGAAAUAGAAGACAGGGACAGUGCCGCAUCGAUGCGAAUGAAACAAACAAAGGCAAGAUUGAACGAUUUAGAGGAAGAGAUGGAAGCGCUCGCCGAGAGACAGGCAGCUAGAGAAAAAAGGGCGGCUAGAUUGAAACAACUUGUUGCCGAAACAACUGGCGCUGACGACUUCGAACCUGCAGUAGCAGUCGCUAAGAAAUCAGUACGCAUAAGGGCCAGGGAAGUGAGAGAGGAAGAGGACGAGUUCUGAAACGAUUUAGGGAUCAUUCAAUAAGCGCACUUUCAAGGUUGAAAAUUCUUUUUAAUAAAACGAGAACAGUGUAAGUUAAAUGAGCCAUGAAAUUGUAAAAAAAAUCAAUUAUUAUUUGCAACUUACAGUGCAUUUAACUUCUAAGAAAUGCCCAUGGUGGAUAUUAAAAAAAACUCCUUUUGCCUGGAAAGAGUUUGUUCAUUUUUAAAGUUCAUGUAACGUUGGUAUUAACGAGGGCAGUGGGGCAAUAGGUCAAUAAUAUAUUUAGUACUUUAAAGAGGCAUCCCAAAUUUUUAAUUAAUGAGUAUAGUGGAAUUGAAGAAAGUACGUAAUCUUCAUAUAUAGUGACUCACAAAAAGUACUUAAUUAUUUUUGGAAAGCACGUCAAAUUUUGAUAAUAAUUCAUACAUCACACUACAUAUACGAUAAUGUUAAAUGCGUAGUAAGUAUAUCAGGGAUUGAACAUAAUUAGACUUAUUCAAAUUAUAUUAUUAAGGUUAUUAAAAUUUCACUUAAGACAACCUGUUGGCUGAAGUAUCUAUGCACAUUAACACUGAUUUUUCAUUACUUUUAAAAUUUACGUUAUUCAAAAUUUUGUAUAACUAAUUUAUUAAAAAUAAUUUCGUAAAAUAAAAAAGAUAUGUUAUUAGAUUAAAGGCAACAAGUAAAAUGGUUGAAACUGUCAACGGUGUGCUGAAGAGAUCCAAAUAGAUAGAAAUCCGUGUUUCGAUAGACCAGUGACAAAGAACUUUUGCUCAGGUAGUAGAUGAUUUAUUAUUUGGGAUUGUUGGCAUUUUAAUGCAUUUUUUCAUUUAAAUGUAUUGAUUAGUUCUAUUACCGAAUAAAAAGUUUAGUCGUAUUAGUUUCACAAAAAAAAAAAACCGUAAGCUGG